UCCGAAAGUUUCGAACUUUACAAUUAUUCACUUUUCAAGAAUUAAAAGUUAACGAACAAAUCAAAUAUUAAAAUCAAAAGUGGAACCGGUGUUGUUUUCUGCCGCAAGUCGGAUAAGUUCAACUGAAAUAUUCAUAGUUGUGAAAAUAAUUUUCGUUGGAUUGUUUUUUGGUUACGGCAUAUAUAUGUAAAUAAAUGGGUUAAACUGGAUUUCUGCAUGGUUAAUGAUAGUAUUUCAAUGGACGACGAAGUAUGAAACUCUUGCUGAUACAAAACUUCACGGAUGACGCCUUGAACUAUUCUAUUGGAGAAAAUCAACAGAUUAUCUCCUCAAGUAACCAUGGCAGUAUAUCGACAUUCAUUACUACAACACCAUCCUCUAUGAAUUUGGACGAUAUGGAGACAAUGCCUUGGUGGGUGGAAACAUUAUGGACAUUGGUCUUUUCCCUAAUGAUAUCAAUUGCUAUCGGUGGUAACUGUUUGGUUAUAUGGAUUGUAACUGCGCACAGAAGAAUGAGAUCUGUUACAAACUACUUUCUGGUGAACUUGAGCGUUGCCGAUCUAAUGUUGUCCACCCUUAACUGUUCGUUCAACUUUAUAUACAUGCUAAGAGGCCAUUGGGCAUUCGGCCCAUGGUACUGCACCAUAAAUAACUUUAUGGCAAAUGUAACGGUGUCAGCGAGUGUAUUCACGCUUACUGGGAUAUCUUGCGAUAGAUAUUUGGCAAUUGUUCAUCCGCUUCGGCAUAAAAUGUCUAAAACAUCAUCAUUAAUAACGAUUGGUUUCGUAUGGUGUGCUAGUAUGGCGCUCGCAUUUCCAUGCCUACUUUAUUCAUCGACCAUAACGUAUAGUGUUCGACAAAAAGAAAUUAUUGCUUGUAUAUUGGAAUGGCCUGAUGGACAGCCCAAUGAAUCAGACAUGGAUUUCGCGUUCAGGCAAUACUUCAAAACAGCGAUAUGCAGUUGGAAAUACAUUCUGAAAAGAAACACGUUCAGAAGUGGCUCGGACUCGCCACCAUUCAUAGGAAAAAACGAAGUUUACCUAUUCAGAGCCGGUACCAGCGAGCGUGGUAGUUCUCGAAGAAAAAGAAGAAGNUUGUGGUUCAACAUCAUAUGA